AUGGUGGAGGUAGCAGUGUUGUUGUUGGUAGCUAGUGACGGUGGUGGUGAUAGUGACAAUAGUGGAAUGGUGGUGGUAGCCAGUGGCAGUGGUAGUGAUAGUAACAGUAAUGGGGUGGUGAUGGUAGCAACGUUGGUGCUGACAGCAAGUGGUGAUGACAUUGGUGGUGGUUGUGGUGUUGGUGACAAUGACGAAGGUGGUAUUGGUAGUAGUGACAAUGACAGUGACAAUAACAUUGAUGAUGGUGGUGGUGGUGAUAGCAAUGCCGAUGGUAAUGGUAAUGUCAAUGGCGACGAUGAUGACAUUGAUGGUGGUAGUAGUGUUAGUGAUGGCAUCAAGUGUGACAUUGAUGAUAGUGAUGGUAGCAAUGGUGAUGGUGAUGGUGAUGUCAUUGACAAUAGUGGUAGUAGCAAUGCCGAUAGUCAAGAUGGUGCUAUUGGUGGUGCAGUGGUGAUGGUGGUGGCAGCCAAUUAUGAUUAUGAUAAUGGUAGUAGGGUGGUGGUGUGA